AUUUAAAAAGCCCAUUAGCAUAGAGAUUUGUGUAUGCCCCACUGCAGCAAGAUUUUGAGAAAUGUUUGAAAACUUACUUAUGAAUCUUCAGCGCAUUCCUUGGGCUUACUUAAAGACACUACAUUGUCACCCCUAAAAUGUGACUAGCAUGGAAAGAAAAGGAAAAAGGGGGGGACGGUGGAAAAAUACAAGUUACCCAAUCUCUAAGACCCUCCCUCUGCUCCCAACUCCUUCCAGCAGCCCCCACCCCAUAUCCGAAUCCUCGUGAAAAAUAGCAAGCAGAAUCCAAAUCGGGAAGGAGGAGGAAGGAAAAAAAAACAACUUCACAAACCAUUCCUUGUAUUUGCCCUCUGCUUUGAAUGCUGACAAGGGGUGUGCCUUAAGGAAAAUGAAUACAAAGCUGCAAUUGAUUUUCAUAAUGUUUCUGCGGUGUUUGAAAACCAAUCGUUUGAACCUCUGAGAGCCUACCUAAGCGAACCACUCCUACACAUCUAAGUGCUCCAAACUGAUAUAUGACAAUAUCUACUUUGGAUCACGUGCUCCUUGGGGCGACUAAGACGGAUAGCGCGUCAUCUCGCCUUCCCAAAUUUUUCCCCCUCUGCACAUCGGAUCCAAAACAUCUAUCUAUAGGAGCAAGAAAAGGAGAAAGAUGUUUAACUCAGUGAACCUGGGCAACUUCUGCUCCCAGGCGCGUAAAGAGAGGGGCGCUGACUUUGGAGACAGAGCGGGCUGUGCCUCCAAUCUCUACCUCCCCAGCUGUACCUAUUACGUCCCAGAAUUUUCAACUGUGUCAUCCUUCCUACCCCAGGCCCCCUCUCGCCAAAUCACCUACCCUUAUUCCACUAACCUCUCUCAAGUGCAGCCAGUUCGAGAGGUCUCCUAUGGUCUAGAUCCCUCUAGUAAAUGGCACCCUCGAAGCAAUUACGCAUCGUGUUAUUCCGCGGAAGAUCUGAUGCAUAGAGAAUGCAUCCCGCCUUCCACCAUGACCGAAAUGCUAAUGAAAAACGAAAGCGUGUACAGCCACCACCAUCCCAGCUCCAACCAUCCCGCGCCUACGGGAUUCUACUCCAGCAUGAACAAAAACAGUGUCUUGCCUCAGGGCUUCGACCGGUUCUUCGAAAAUGCCUACUGCGGGACAGAGAACGCGCCUGAGAACUGCCUGCAGAAAAGCGAGAGCAAACUGGAGUCGGACUCCCAGCCCAGAGCGCUCUCAUCCCACGGAGAGCCAGGCAUGGACCCGGAAGACGAAGAGGAAAACACGAACCCAGGGUCUUCAGCCUCGUCCUCUUCUGUCAACAAGGAAGGAAGCAAAACCAGCAACUCGAGUGCUCCACGCACAAGAAAGAAGAGAUGUCCCUAUUCGAAAUUCCAAAUCAGAGAGCUAGAGAGAGAAUUUUUCUUCAAUGUCUAUAUAAACAAAGAGAAAAGGCUUCAGUUGUCUAGGAUGCUAAAUCUCACUGAUCGACAGGUUAAAAUUUGGUUUCAGAACAGAAGAAUGAAAGAAAAAAAAUUAAGCAGAGACCGCCUGCAGUAUUUUUCUGGAAAUCCCUUAUUGUGAACACGUCCUUUUUUCUUUUUUCAUUCCUUUUUCUUUUUUUUCUUCUUCAAUCCUCUCUGUUGGGGAAGUAGCUCUGUACGAAGAAGGAACUCUGGAAACAUAAUUGUGAUCUACACGCAACAUCCAAAUGGCAGCCUUUUCGUUACUUAUAUUUGUAUGUAUGGAACAGUUCUAAGUAACGUAAGGAGACGAGUGACCUAAACGUUUGGAGGACUGGGAAACCAGGGACUUUUUAUUUAACGUUUUGACUGACCAACCGGAAUUUCUUUCUUUCUUUCUUUAACUCUUUACCCCUCCCUGUCCAUUUGACUCAGUCGCGGUGCCGUGUUGUCAUGAUCAUGGUGGGGAUUUCAACAUGCAGUUCACAUGAGCUAUCACAGCAAGGGCCGAAGCCUCCCUCUCUGGUUAAUUUAGAUACCUUGAUUUGGGAGUAGGGGGUGGAGAUGUGACUGGAGGCACGCAGAGACAUAUAUAUGAGAGUGUGUACUCACACCGGUCAUGUGGUCUCUUGCUCUCUAGGCCAAGAACUGUU